UAAACGCAUGGAUUAGGAUCUAUAUAAAGGCGAAGAACGUCCGCGUUGAUCCAACCAGUAUACGUUUGUGCCAAAGCGAAUCACGAUGAUUAAGCUAUUCCUCUUUACGUUGCUUUGCGCGGCGGUGUUCGCCGAUUCACCAAUUGACGAAAUAAAUCAAGCAUGGAUGAAAGGGCAAGAAAUAAUGGACGAGGCUCAAAAGCAAGCUCAACGUGUUGAAGAUUUUAUCAAUCAAGGUCAUCCUUUAGUGCGACGUAUGACACAAGACAUGGAACCACCAAAACCUCCACCAGGUCCACCACCAAGCGGACAAGAUAGUUCUUUAGUGCGACGUGCGGCACAAGGACCACCAGACGAGUCUCCUCCAGAAGGCAACCCAUCAGGUCCAUCAAAAUGAAGUGACUCAACAGAGCAAUAAUAGACUUUGGUCUCUUGUAGAUGGAAUGAUUAUUGUACAAUGGAGACGAUUAGAUUCAGCACGAUUUUAUUCAGCACUGUAUCGUGUUUUAUUUACUUAAUUGCACGCCCGAGAAAAACCCCGAUGCUUUUAGGAUAAUAAAACUUGCUAGCGCUGUUUUUCAUUGUUUAAA